CGAGGCCGGCGCUCGAAUUUCCCGGGCCUGAAGCGCGGGGCCUGCCGGGAAGGGGUCGGACGGUUACUGCCCGCCCCGCAGUGAGGGGCUUCGACAUGCAGAGCACUGACCUGGGCAACAAGGAGAGCGGCAAGAUAUGGCACCGGAAGCCCUCGCCGGCCACUCGGGACGGAAUUAUAGUGAACAUUAUUCAUAGCACUUCUGAUUACCAUCCAAAAGUUCUGCGAUUUUUGAAUGUGGCUUUUGAUGGCUCCGGAGAUUGUUUACUUGCUGGGGACCAUCAAGGAAAUAUCUAUGUUUUUGACUUGCAUGGAAACAGGUUUAAUCUUGUUCAGCGAACAGCACAAGCUUGUACAGCUCUCGCCUUUAAUCUUCGUAGAAAGUCUGAAUUCCUUGUGGCAUUAGCUGAUUAUUCUAUUAAAUGUUUCGAUACAGUCACCAAGGAGCUAGUUAGCUGGAUGAGAGGACAUGACUCAUCAGUGUUCUCGAUAUCUGUGCAUGCGUCAGGAAGAUACGCCAUCACUACUUCUUCUGAUACAGCACAACUGUGGGACUUAGAUACCUUUCAGAGAAAAAGAAAACUGAAUAUUCGCCAGUCUGUGGGUAUUCAGAAGGUUUUCUUCCUACCUUUAAGUAACACCAUUCUCAGCUGUUUUAAAGAUAAUUCCAUCUUUGCCUGGGAGUGUGAUACUCUUUUUUGUAAAUAUCAAUUGCCAGCUCCACCUGAAAGCUCUAGUAUAUUAUACAAAGUAUUUGCUGUGACCAGAGAUGGCCGAAUUCUGGCUGCUGGAGGCAAAUCAAACCAUCUUCAUUUAUGGUGCUUAGAAGCUACACAGCUCUUCAGAAUUAUCCAGAUGCCUACUAAAGUUAGAGCCAUUCGACAUCUGGAAUUCCUUCCUGAUAGUUUUGACGCUGGUUCAAAUCAGGUUCUGGGCGUGCUAAGUCAAGAUGGCAUUAUGAGAUUUGUCAAUAUACAGACUUGUAAACUUCUUUUUGAAAUUGGGAGCCUUGAUGAAGGAAUUAGCUCAUCAGUAAUUAGCCCACAUGGACGGUACAUUGCAUCUAUUAUGGAAAAUGGAAGUCUGAACAUAUAUUCAGUUCAAGCUUUAACACAUGAAAUAAAUAAGCCUCCUCCUCCUUUAGUGAAAGUAAUUGAAGAUUUGCCUAAGCAUAAACUGAGUUCCAGUGAUAUUAAGAUGAAAAUAACAUCAGGAAAAGUGCAGCAGCUGGCAAAAUCUAAAGAAAGCAAAAUUCAGACUAGAAUAUUAAAACAAGACCUGAUGGGUAAUUGUGAAAAUAAAGAGAGUGAGUUGUCAGAUGGAUUAAACAAAAAGCGCUUACAAAUCUUACUAAAAGGCUAUGGUGAAUAUCCAACAAAGUACAGGAUGUUCAUUUGGCGCUCUUUACUACAACUGCCUGAAAACCAUACCGCAUUUAGUAGCCUAAUAGAUAAGGGUACUCAUGUGGCAUUUCUCAACCUUCAGAAGAAAUAUCCCAUCAAAAGUAGGAAACUACUCAGAGUAUUGCAGAGAACCCUAUCUGCUUUAGCUCAUUGGUCUGCCAUCUUUAGUGACACACCAUAUCUCCCUCUCUUGGCAUUUCCAUUUGUAAAGUUAUUCCAGAAUAACCAGCUUAUCUGUUUUGAAGUUGUUGCUACUCUCAUAAUCAAUUGGUGCCAGUACUGGUUUGAAUACUUUCCUAAUCCUCCUAUCAAUAUUCUUAGUAUGAUAGAAAAUGUUCUGGCAUUUCAUGACAAGGAAUUACUACAGCACUUUAUAGAUCACGAUGUAACCUCCCAGCUGUAUGCAUGGCCUCUUCUUGAAACUGUGUUCUCGGAAGUACUGACAAGAGAAGAGUGGCUCAAAUUAUUUGACAACAUUUUUUCCAACCAUCCUUCCUUCCUUCUGAUGACUGUGGUAGCCUACAACAUAUGUUGUAGAGUGCCUUUGCUCCACUGUACUUUUAAGGAUGAUUUUGAGUAUUUUUUUCACCAUCGGAAUAACCUGGAUAUAAGUGUUGUGAUUAAAGAAGUUUAUCAUCUCAUGGAGGUCACACCUGCUAAUAUUCAUCCCAAAAGUGAAUUGGGAGUUUUUGUUGCACUCACAAAAGGGCAGUAUCCAGUAUUUAAUCAAUAUCCAAAGUUUAUUGUGGACUACCAGACACAGGAACAAGAAAGAAUAAGAAAUGAUGAACUGGAUUACUUGAGAGAGAGGCAGACAGUAGAAGACAUGCAAGCUGAAGUAGACCAGCAAGGAAUGGAAGAUGAAGCUUGGUACCAGAAACAAGAACUGCUUCGUAAAGCUGAAAAAACCAGAAGAGAAAUGCUCUUACAAGAGGAAGAGAAGGUGGUAGAGCAACAGCAGAGACUAGCUGCUGUGAAAAGAGAGCUGAAAAUAAAGGAAAUACAAUUACAGGAUGCUGCUAGGCGGCAUUUUCUGAAGCUCCAGCAAGAUCAGCGUGAGAUGGAACUACAAAGACUGGAUGAUGCAAUUGUACAAAUGAGAGAUCGAGAAAUUGCUAGCAGAGCCAAAGACCUAGAAAUGAGACAUCUGGAACUUGAAACACAAAACAGAGUUCAUGAGAAGAAUCUUACUAAAAAUCACGAAUCUGUUGUAAAAGAAAUUCAAGAAGAUGCAGAUGCCAGUAGACAAAAAGUGGGUCUUGAAGAUCACAUGUUUCAUAAGCUGAUAGAACCUGAGCAGACUUGGAGCAAAAAGACUCAGAAGCUAAUUGAAGACAAUUUGGAAAAAGCUGAACAAGCAUGCCUAAAUACUGACUGGAAAAUUCAAACUUUACAUAAACAACGUGCUGGUCUCCAUCGAAGUGCAGGUUACCGGGAAGUAGCCACACUCCUUCAGAAAAACAGAAGGAAAGAAACAGAGGUGUUAAGCGCAGUGAUGGAGGAGGAUGCCAAAAAGUGGAAGGAAGCGGAAGAGAAAGAGUUGCAUUUAAGGUCAGAAAAGAAAGCUUCUGCCCUUUCAGAUGCACCUAGAAAGUGGUUUCUAAAGCGGGAGAUGAGUACUGGUUUGGAAUGUGCUGAAAAUCCAUUCAUUCAAGCAGAGGCACACAGGCUGCAAAAUGAACGGGCUGCCUCAAGCUCUUUCCCAGGAACUUCACAAUUAAGUGACAUUUCUGAAACGGAUUCCUCAGCUCAGAUUUCUUUAAAUCGAAAAACAGAAUGGGACAGCAUGGAACAAAAUCUUAUCAAGAAAGUGAGAGCCCUUCGCCAGAGACUCAUCGCCCAGGCUCGCAGCAGAGGUCAGACCCCCCACCUUGUGGCUACCUAGAUGUGUCCCCUGGGGAGACUCAGACAGGUGGUACCGGUUUGCAAUCAGUGACUCUGAUUUUUUAUUAUUUACAUUAAACCUCUAUAAAGAUGGCCUUUUGUAUAGAAAAAUUUCCAUAAAAUUAUGUGUUUAUUUAAUUUUUACACUUUGUAGCUUGUAAAUGGCUUGAAUUCUUCACAAUAAAAGUUUUUUGAAAACUUAAA